UUCAAGGGCAGGGAGGAGGGGCUGCCUGGUGCCCCCAAACCUUGGGCAGUCUCUUUCCCACCCAGAAUUCCCAACCUCUCACCCCCUUUUGUGCUAUGUGAAAUCUCAGUUGCUUGGGAAAUAGGUUCAGAGAGAGCAUUCUGGGAGUGGAGGUGAGGGAGAAGGCGUUUCUGAGGCCCUGGGCAGACCUGGAGUCCCAGGCAAGGCUGCUGCUCUGGAGAAGGUGCUCCAGAGAGGGAGCUGGGGAAUGCAUGUGUUGAGGGAGCACACAUCUGCUUCAGUGUGGAUGCUCUUCCCACCACCCUGGCCUGCGAUUAGCCAGUGGUGAGCCAGGCUGCCAGGCUGGGUCCAGAGUGUACCCUUUGCCUCCUGGUGGAGGGGAGAGGGGAAGGCCUGAGGAGGUAGGUGCCUAUCUUGGAAAGAUUUGGAUGGUCUAAUAAGUGCUCUCUUGACUUGAACAGGGGAUUUGAGUCAAUAUUGGUUGGGCGCCAGACCCUUUGUCCACCCCCAUCCUUUGCCCCUUCCCAGAAACUUCCUAGGGGGCUUGGCCCUGCUCUAGGGCAUGGCCUUGGAGGUCCUGCCUUCCUAAGUCUGAGGCAGCUCCUCUCUUGGGUAGGAGAGGGUGUGGGAGGGAGCUGGAGAGGUACUCCAGGCCCAUUGUGAUCCUGCAGCCCUUCCUGGCUACCCACUGCAAGUGGACUCUCAUUCCAAAGGGUUGUUAUAAAACCUGACCUUUUCUCCCACUGCUGGUCUGAAAAUCCAGCUUUUUGGGAUCAAGAAUGAACAGGGCCAAGAAGAAAAGAAAAUUAUAUUUCAGGAAAAGCAACCAAAUUGUGCGCUGCUGAGCUGUGUACACCCCAGAGGGGCUUCUAAUGUCCUGGGAUAGAAAACAGCAAUAUGGGCCCCUUAGUCCUGUCUCGGCACAGAACACCAUGUUGCAGGCAGGCUUUUUUCAGCUGAGAGGGCUGAGGAGUUGACUUUGUUCUCAUGAUAUAGGUGUGUGAGAGCAUGCGUGUGUGUGUGUGUGUGUGUGUGUGUGUGUUUGCGUGUGUCAGAGAUGCACCCUGGACUCUGAGACCCUGGGGGCUGAGUGGUGAGAGGAGAAGUAAGAGCAGGGGGUCAGCAGCCCUUUUGGUCAAAGCCCUUCCCUUGAGAUGCCCCUUUCCAAAGCCAGGGCAGGGGAGGGGUUAACUGAGUGACCACAGGAUAUUGGAAGGCUGUGGGUUAGGCCCACCAAGGAGGAAGGGAUACGUUGUUAUUAAGGAAACUUCAGCCUCAGGGCCACUUUCCUGGCAAGGAUCCUAUUGUUGGGAGUUGUUUGGAAAUUCCACUUGGGGGAGAGGUUUUGUGGAGCCUGAGACUGGGUAGGCAGUUUCAGUGUGUGAGAGGCACGGUGAAGCAUGUUCCCAGGAGCACAGGUCUUCAGUGAGCACCCCCUAAGGUUCUGAGUGAGGUCUUGGAGUAGAGAGGCCUUUCUGGCCAGUCAUCCUGACCUCCAGUGUUGAUGUGCCCAGGAGGGAGAAUGAGCAUUCUGGCUGUUGCCAAGAUGUUCAGUACAGCUCCACGUAGUCUCUUGGUCCCCCCUUGUCUCUAGAAGCUGUUCCACAUGUCUUUUCUUGAUGGAUCUGAGUUUUUUCCCUGACCUAGAACUUGGGAGCAUCUCCAGGGUACCCUCUAACCUUUACUCUUUUGGAAUUCCUGGCCCAAGGCUCUCAGUUGCUAUUUCUUUCUCUUGCUGGGCUUGAUUGGUUCUGGGGGUCGUGACGCCAACUAGAAGAGCCAGGGAUAGGUGCAGUCAGAGAGUUUGGUGAGAGGAUUCACUGGCUCUCUGCAGAGCAUCUUCCUGCCCCAGUCACAUGUGCCCGCUGGCAGGAUGGGGGAAGCCCUUGCUUUUGGCACAGGAGCCCAGGAUUCUGUAAGGAUUGUUCCGUGGGGCUCCGGACCCCACCUGCCAGGCAUGCAGGGUAAGUGCCUUUAUUGUCCCAGUCCCCUAGGCCAAUGUCCUGACCUUUAAACCUGCCCACAAUGCUCCUUUCUCAGUCUGUCUCUGACAGUGCAUCCUCAGGCUCAGUCAAGAUAGGAAGGGAGAAAGCUGCUGGGAUGUUGGGGUGAAGUCAGUGGAAGUCCCAGGGCUGGGUUAUUCUUGAGCAGGCAGGCUGGCUGGCUAGGUGGGGGCAGCAGGUGCAAGUGAGGCUGGGUCAGGUCAGCUGGUUGUGGGUGGCCCACAUGCAGUGAGUCUUGCUCAGGGACCUAGGAAUUUGCUGAAGCCAGGAAAUAAAGCUGCUGCCUCUGCUUGGGUGGAGGACACCUCUCCAGCCAGUGCCUGGGCAGAUGCCCCCACUCCAUGCUGGCUUCUUCUCCGGUCUUGUCUCAGCCUGGCCACAGCCUUCAGCUCUUCCUGUCCUGGGGCAGAGACGAGACCCUCCGCUCUUUGGCCAGCCCUUCCUCCCUGCAGGGCCCCGAGCUCCACGGCUGGCGCCCCCCAGUGGACUGCGUCCGGGCCAAUGAGCUGUGCGCCGCGGAAUCCAACUGCAGCUCCCGCUACCGCACGCUGCGGCAGUGCCUGGCAGGCCGGGACCGCAACACCAUGCUGGCCAACAAGGAGUGCCAGGCGGCCCUGGAGGUCCUGCAGGAGAGCCCUCUCUACGACUGCCGCUGCAAGCGGGGCAUGAAGAGGGAGCUGCAGUGCUUGCAGAUCUACUGGAGUAUCCACCUGGGGCUGACCGAGGGUGAAGAGUUCUAUGAAGCCUCACCCUAUGAGCCGGUGACCUCCCGCCUCUCGGAUAUCUUCAGGCUUGCUUCAAUCUUCUCAGGGACAGGGGCAGACCCGGUGGCCAGUGCCAAGAGCAACCACUGCCUGGAUGCCGCCAAGGCCUGCAACCUGAACGACAACUGCAAGAAGCUGCGCUCCUCCUACAUCUCCAUCUGCAACCGCGAGAUCUCUCCCGCGGAGCGCUGCAACCGCCGCAAGUGCCACAAGGCCCUGCGCCAGUUCUUCGACCGCGUGCCGGGCGAGUACACCUACCGCAUGCUCUUCUGCUCCUGCCGAGACCGGGCGUGCGCCGAGCGCCGCCGGCAGACCAUCCUGCCCAGCUGCUCCUACGAGGACAAGGAGAAGCCCAACUGCCUGGAUCUCCGCGGCGUGUGUCGCACCGACCACCUGUGCCGGUCCCGGCUGGCAGACUUCCACGCCAAUUGUCGUGCCUCCUACCAGACGCUCACCAGCUGCCCUGCCGACAAUUACCAGGCGUGUCUGGGCUCCUACGCUGGCAUGAUUGGGUUUGAUAUGACACCCAACUACGUGGACUCCAACCCCACUGGCAUCGUGGUGUCCCCCUGGUGCAGUUGUCGUGGGAGUGGGAACAUGGAGGAGGAGUGUGAGAAGUUCCUGAGGGACUUCACCGAGAACCCGUGCCUCCGGAAUGCCAUCCAGGCCUUUGGCAACGGCACGGAUGUGAACCUCUCCCCUAAAAGCCCCUCAUUCCAGGCCACGCAGGCCCCUCGGGUGGAGAAAACACCUUCUUUGCCAGAUGACCUCAGUGAUAGCACCAGCCUGGGGACCAGCGUCAUCACCACCUGCACAUCUGUCCAGGAACAGGGGCUAAAACCCAAUAACUCCAAAGAGUUAAGCAUGUGCUUCACAGAGCUCACGACCAAUAUCAUCCCAGGGAGUAACAAGGUGAUCAAACCUAACUCAGGCCCCCGCAGAGCCAGACCGUCGGCUGCCUUGACCGCUGUCUCCUUCCUGAUGCUGAAGCUGGCCUUGUAGGCUCUGGGACCCAUGUCGGGGGAUUUCCGGAAACUACGCAGAUGAGAACACCCGCCUGGCAACAUGGAAACACACACACACACACACACACAUCUUGCAAAAAAAAAAUUUUCCCCACCUUGUCUCUGAACCUGUCUCCUCCCAGAUUUCUUCUCUGGAGAAGUUUUUCUAAACCAAACAGACAAGUAGGCGGGCAGCCUGAGAGCUGGCCCAGAGGUCCCUUGGCAAGGGAAACCCAGUGCUGAGGAGAGUGCAAGGGUCUAGAAAUGCCCUUCGUUUUCUCCCGGUGUUUUCUUCUCUGGACCUCGCUGACAUAAAAGACCAAGAUGACACCCCUGUGGCCUGAGGGACUGGAACUGUGCUGAUGUGAACCGGGGCCAGGGAUCCCCACUGGCGGCUUGGCAGAGGGCAUCAGGCAGCAAAGCAGCCAGGCUGGCUGCUGGGGGUCCAGCUGGGCACCUCAGCACCUCCACUCGGUUUCGAGCAUGGAGUUUGUUUUGUGCUCUCUGUCUGCAUCUGAACUGAGAACCCCCAGUGAUGCCUGUGGAGGGUGUGGUACCAGGCCCUCCUACUGUGGUAUGGAGGGAGUACUGGGGCCAGCUCCAGGGGGCUUGGGAGCUCAGCCCUCUGGGGACAUCCCCUUGGGCAGAGGGAGCAAAGCUUGGGCACCAGCUCAAGGCUGCUGCUUCCUGCUUGGUGGCAGGAAUUUUGAAAUCAAAGAGAAAUGAUCCGUCAUUGGCUCUUUUGGUUUCUUGUGGGUUCAUUUGGUGGGUCUCCCACCAGGGAGAGGGGCAGAGAAGAACAUGGCGGGACACCUGCUGGCACUGUGCUUCACUGGCCGCAGCUCUCUCCUCCUCUCGGCCCCCUGUUCCUCUUUUCCACAUUCUCUCCUCAUUUCCCAGACAAGCGCCAACCGUAUGUACAUAACACAACUCCUUUCUCAACAUAUAUGUAUAUAUAGAUCCAUAUACAUAUAUUGUGUGGUUUCCCUUUUUUUCCUUUUUUUAAGAAACAAAACUAUCGAAAUAAUACCCCAACAGAUGAGCGAAAAUGUAUUAUUGUAAAGUUUAUUUUUUUUAACAAUGUUGUCUAUAAUGGGAAAAAAAGGAGAUUGACUCCCUGUGUCUCUGCCUCUGUCAGGCUGACUGGGCUGUGGAAGGGGGUUCCUGAUCCAUAUUCAUACUUAGCCAAGGCUCCAAUAAACAUACUAGGAAGCAA